AUGCCUCCCAGAUUACAGAGCCUGCAACGGCUAGGCACUGCUAGCUUGUGCCUACGCCCGGCCGUGAGGCCAGCAACCCCGAGCUUCCUCCCCGUCAUUCAAACCGCCAACAUCUCCCAGCGCGAGAAGAAGCGCAAGGCGAAGCAGGACCCGUACCGGUAUCAGCAGGCGCAGCAACGCAAGGCCGCGAACGAGAAGAGGCAGAGCGAGAUUCAGGCGGAAAAGGACGCGAAAUGGGGCGACCCAGUCCACGGCAUCCCGACUCCCUUUGUCGAAUCGUUCGACUCGGCCGGCCAGGCACCGACGACGAAGCUCGUCAAGGAUGACAACGGCAACAUCAUCUCUGAGCCCCGCCCGCUCCCUACAUCCCCGGGUCUUCUCAACCACCUCGUCACCAAGGAUGAGCUCGAGCACGUGAUACAGAAGGCCUAUGUCCUGACGAAGCCCGUCAAGAGCGACGUUCGGGACUAUGCAGACCCUGCGGCGGAGGAGCUGGCCGACAAGAAGCAUGAGACGAAUCACGCCAAGGCGGUCGAGGCUCUCAACCGCAUCCUGUCGAUGGACAAUGCCAACUCCAAGAUUCUUCUACACACCAACAUCAAGAGAUGUGUCGAUGAGUUCGGCCGCCACAACACCGACGAGGUCCUACGACAGAAGCCCAAGUCCGCCCUUGCGGACCCUAACGCCCCGCCGGCGCCCGAGAGAGCUGGCCCAGACACGGGUAGCUCGGAGGUGCAGAUCGCGAUCCUGACCGCCAAGAUCAGAAAGCUGGCGCAGGAGCUCUCGCAGAACCGCGGCUACAAGGACAAGCACAACAAGAGGAACCUGAGAGUGCUCUGCCACAGGAGGCAGAAGCUGCUCAAGUACAUGGAGAAGAAGGAGAGAGGAAGCGAGCGGUGGACGCACCUGCUGGAGAAGCUGGGUCUGUCUCCGGCAACGUACCAGGAGCAGAUCAGCUUCUAG